AUGAAGUUCUCCCUCAUUUACACCCUGGCUCUCGCCGCCACGGCCCUGGCCACGGCCACCGAGGACAAGACUCCGGCACCCGCUGCCCUGGCCGCGGCCACCGAGGACAAGACUCCGGCGACCAUUGCCGUCGUGCCGGAGAGCGAGGAGAACCAGAUCGAAACGCGAGAUCUCGGCCGAGGCCACAACGGUCCCAACCGGGGCAACAACGGUCCUUACCGGGGCAACGACAGAUAUAGGGGCGGCUACGACGGCCACAGGGGCAACGACAGGUACAGGGGCGGCUACAACGGCCACAGGGGCAACGACAGAUACAGGGGAGGAUACGACGGCCACCGAGGCUACGACAGAUACCGCCCCGGCUACGGCGGCCACCGGGGCGACGGAUACCGAGGGGGUUACCGCGGGGGCAACGGUGGCUACGGAUAUCAGUGCAGCCGACAGUCGUACUGCUGCGACGCCGGCUUCAACGUCCUCGGCACGAACCUCGGCGGCAUCGGCCAGGGCAUCGGCAACCUGAUUGGCGGCAUUCUCGGAGAGAACCUCCAGCGAAGCUGCCGAGGUGGCAUGUUCUGCUGCGACGGAGGCAUCCAAGUCGGUCGCCACCUUGACCGAGGCCGCUCCAACUGUCGCCAGAUGUAG